UCCUAUGUAAUGCUGCGUGCGACAGAAGAUGAACUGAACUCGAAACAGAAGCGAACCGAGCCGUUGGGCGUCGGCGGCGACCUUCGGCCAUCUCGCCGGAGGCUCCAUUACCACGAGUUCCCCAUUCCUGAGAGUUUCGAUCCAUUCCGAUAGUAUGCCUGCCGAAACGGCUGGAGCAGUCGAAGUGCUCGAGGAUGACACUGUUAAACGCACACCCAUGGCCCGACCUAGCAACGGUCGUGAAGGAAAGCCCAUUAGGUUGCUGUCCAACCACUUUGCUGUGAAGCUUAGAGGAGUUGAUGCUGUUUUCUACCAAUACAGUGUCUGCAUCAAAUCUGAGGAUGAUAAGGUGGUUGAUGGCAAGGGUAUUGGCCGAAAGGUCAUAGACAAACUAUUGCAAACAUACUGUUCUGAGCUUGAUGGGAAGGAUUUUGCAUAUGAUGGAGAGAAAUGUCUAUUUACUGUGGGACCUCUUCCACAGAAUAACUUUGAGUUCACUGUUAUCUUGGAGGAAACAUCUUCAAGGGCUGUUGGUGGAAGUCCGGUGCAUGGAAGCCCUACUCAAGCUGAGAAAAAGCGAGUCAAGCGAUCACAUCUGGCAAAAAAGUUCAGUGUAGGCAUAAGCUAUGCCGCAAAGAUUCCUCUAAGGUCGGUUGCUUUGGCUCUUCGAGGAACCGAGACAGAACAUGCUCAAGAUGCUCUGAGAGUCCUUGACAUUGUUUUAAGGCAACAGCAGGCUAAGCGAGGUUGUCUACUUGUUAGGCAGUCAUUUUUCAGUGAUGAUAGUCGAAACCUUGUUGAUUUAACUGGUGGAGUUAGUGGCUGUCGUGGACUCCACUCUAGUUUCCGUACUACAAUUGGUGGUCUUUCACUAAACAUGGAUGUUUCAACCACUAUGGUUGUAACUCCUGGACCAGUUAUUGAUUUUCUCCUCACAAAUCAAAAUGUCAGAGACAUCAGAGAUAUUGACUGGCCCAGGGCCAAGAAAAUGCUUAAAAAGCUCAGAGUUAAAGCUAAGCACAACAACAUGGAGUUCAAGAUUAUUGGCCUUAGUGAUCAACCAUGCUCUAGACAAAUGUUUCCAAUGAAAGUUCGAAAUGGAAGCAUUGAAAUUCAAACUGUGGAUAUCACUGUUCACGAUUAUUUUAAGUCCAAGCAAGUUGAACUAACGAUGCCUUAUCUGCCAUGUCUUGAUGUGGGAAAACCAAAACGCCCUAAUUAUCUCCCAAUUGAGUUAUGCCACAUGUUAUCACUUCAACGUUAUACAAAGGCACUGUCUUCUCAACAAAGGGCAACGUUGGUUGAAAAGUCGCGACAGAAACCUCAAGAAAGAAUGCGAGUUGUUACAGAUGCUGUAAAAAGUAAUAUGUAUGAUGAUGAUCCAAUCUUAUCUUCCUGUGGUAUUGAAAUUGACAAACAACUUACUCGUGUUGACGCUCGUGUUCUCUCUGCACCAACGCUAGUUGUGGGGAACAGUGAAGACUGCAUCCCGAACAGGGGCAGGUGGAACUACAAUAAUAAGAGGCUAUUGGAUCCCGUCAAGAUUGAGCGCUGGGCUAUUGUUAAUUUCUCUGCUCGUUGUGACAUGAGCCGAAUCUCAAGAGAGUUGAUAAACUGUGGACGCAGCAAAGGCAUUCUCAUUGAACGACCUCACACCUUGGUGGAUGAGGACAGCCAGUCUAGGAGAUGUUCACCUGUGGAAAGGGUUGAAAAGAUGUUUGAAAAAGUCAAAACAAGCCUUCCCGGUCCUCCAGAGUUUCUCCUUUGUGUUUUACCAGAGAGGAAGAAUUGUGAUAUUUACGGGCCAUGGAAGAAGAAAAAUCUUCAUGAAAUGGGUAUUGUCACUCAAUGCAUUGCUCCCAGUAAUAAGAUGAAUGAUCAAUAUUUCACCAAUGUUCUUCUGAAAAUUAAUGCUAAGCUUGGUGGAAUGAACUCUAAACUGGCAUUGGAACAUCGUCAAAUGAUACCAGUUGUGACUCAAAUACCAACAUUAAUUCUUGGCAUGGAUGUUUCGCAUGGUUCUCCAGGUCGAGCAGAUAUACCAUCAAUUGCUGCGGUUGUGGGAUCUAGAUGCUGGCCAUUGAUAUCACGGUAUAGAGCAUCAGUGCGUACCCAGUCUCCAAAGGUAGAGAUGAUUGAUUCUCUAUUUAAACCACUGGAUGAUGGGAAGGAUGAUGGCAUAAUGAGGGAACUUCUACUAGACUUCUACCAAACCAGCCAGCAAAGAAAGCCUAAGCAGAUAAUCAUCUUCAGGGAUGGUGUUAGCGAGUCUCAGUUUAGCCAAGUACUGAACGUUGAGCUUAAUCAAAUCAUAAAGGCAUAUCAGAGUAUGGGACAGGGGGACCUUCCAAAGUUCACAGUGAUCAUUGCUCAAAAGAAUCACCACACAAAACUCUUCCAAGCUGAUUCACCAGAGAACGUUCCACCUGGGACUGUUGUAGACUCCGGCAUUGUUCAUCCAAGACAGUAUGAUUUCUACAUGUGCGCUCAUGCUGGACCAAUUGGUACUUCAAGGCCAACCCAUUACCAUGUGUUGCUUGAUGAGAUCGGCUUCUCCGCAGAUAAUCUCCAGAAGCUAGUUCUUUCACUUUCAUAUGUGUACCAGAGGAGCACCACUGCUAUUUCUGUGGUGGCACCUAUCUGUUAUGCCCACCUCGCAGCAGCUCAGAUGGGCCAGUUCAUGAAAUUCGAAGAGUUUGCAGAUACAUCGUCAGGGAGUGUCAAUUCAUCAUCGUCAGCAUCAAUCCAGAACUGCCACGGCUGCAUGCUGAUGUCUGCAGUUCCAUGUUCUUCUGUUGAGGUGAUUUUAGUUUGACCGUUGUGGGGUAGGGCUACUUCUUUCUGAAGGAGAACCUUAUAUGUUGGUACACAGCAGGUUAACUGUUUUGUGAAGAAACCAAGUAGGUUGUUAGUUGUCGCAAAUCAUGUACGCCAGCAUAUUUUGGAGCAGUUUUGGGCUCCCCCCCACCCCACCCCAAAAUGUAGGUACAGCUUCCAGAUUUUAGGUAGCCUGGACGUUUGCAUCUGCAGGUUUUUCGAUUGGAAUCUAGAAGAUUUUAGGGAUAUUGAGAGAGUAGAGCCAGACCUUUGAGGUGAAGGAUACUUGGUUAAAUGAUCUUUCUGUUAAUCCCCAAAAUGCGUGUGCAUUGGGGGGGUAUAAAAAUGAGUUAAAAUUUCUGUAUCUCGCAUGGCA